AUGGACUCCUCGUGGACCUACGCCAUCGGGAUAUGGUUAAGCACCAUCGUUUCCGUUGUAGAGGCGGUUGGAAGCACACUAGUGCGGAAGAGUCACAUCAUUUAUUCAAAAUAUGAGAAGCUUCUCGAGGCAACCGAAUGCGAUAGCGCGAGCGAGGAGGAUGAAGGUGGGGGAGGAGGAAGAGAAAAGGGGGAAGAAAAAAGAAAAAGGAAAAGGAAAUACUCCUUUUUAAACAUUUCGAUAAGGAGUCUACAAAACAGUGGACGCAUUUGCUACAGAAAGGGGAAGGUAAAAGAAAGCGAUGACGGGGUGCAUCAACUGAUUAAGAACACCCCUUCAAGUGGUACCAACGACGGAAGACGCAACGAUGGAGAGGCUGAGGAGGAAGAGGACCGACUAAGUAACAGCCUCAUGGAAAAAUCGUUAAGCAUAAAUUUGGUACACCCAGAUGGUGGUAGCAAUUUCGACCGGGGCCAUUUUUCCCCAUGUAAUAAUUCCUCAGAAGGGGAAAAAAUAGGCCCGCGAAAAUCUGCCCACAUAAAACGAACGAAUAACCCAACGGAAGAGUACAAACGGGAAGAAGGCGCCAAAAAUUAUGAUGGCUCAUCUGCUGAGUGGCAAAACGAACUAUUGGACAUCCACCCGACUAGUUGUCAGCUCAGCGAGGAAAAACAUACCACUAGAUGGAGCAACUUUUCAGCGAGGAGCAUAAAUAAAAAAGUGAAAAAGAAGGAGAAGUUCUUGUGGUUAUCGAAAAGGCCCACUUGUCGUGCGUUAGGGAAGCCCAAACGAAGUAUUUUUUACACCCCGCUGUGCAAUGGGAAAAAGAGGAAAAAAUGGAAGGGGCUCCUCAUUCUAAGUGGUCAUUGUAGGAAGCAAAAAUCUAGGAUGGACGGGAAGAAACGUUUUAUAUGUGGUGAUCCCCCACGAAGGGGACUCCACAAAUGGGGAAAGACCCCCACCGUGGAAGAUGCAGCUGCGGGGCCUCAUAACAACAAUAUGAUAAUGAUGAGCAUUUCGCACAAAAAAAUGUCUAAGCUUUUUAAAAGUGAAAGUCUAAAUAGCGAUUUGCCUGGUGAGGAUAAAAUGUAUUACUGUUCAUUUCGGUCCGAUCGGUUCGUAGACAAGCUGAGUGGUGAUACGGCGCAUUCGGAGCACGAAGGGGGGGAAGUGCGUGCCGAGGCAUCGCUUAGCAAAAAUGGGCAUGAAAAUUGGCGUGAAAGUAGGAAUGCGAGUGAAUUGGGCACGCUGGAGGAAAAGGAAAAAUACAGCGACGAGGAAGAAAAUACGAGGUGCUCCACCCUCAAAAUGGAUCAAGAAAAUAAAGGUAUCUGUCUGGAGUCCACCCCCCCACAUCUACCAUCAGAGGUCAAACGUGCGCACUCGAAUUUAAGAACAAAAAGCUACGUUUGCUUCUACCUAGGAAUAGCCCUUACAAGUUUUAUAGCCCCUGCACUGAACAUAUUCAGUAAUGUAUUUUUACCCAUGUCGAUGGUUGGCUUUGUCAGCGUCAGACUCAUGUGCUCAUUGCUGCUGGAAAAGUUUGUCCUAAAGGAGCAGCAGUCAGUUUACUUAUACGUGGGCAUCCCUUUUUCCACUGUGGGUCUAACAUUAAUCACUGUGUACUCUGCAGGUGAUAGUACCUUCAAAGACUUAGACUCCGUUUUGAGUGUAUUCUUAACAGGUGUAUCGAUAACGUUGCUCAGUUGCGAGAUUCUGUUCUCCUUUGUGGUGGCGUUUCUUUCGUUGGGCCACUUGGGUGCAGGCACUUCCACAGGAUGGGUUGGUGGACAGCACAGGGGUGUUCCCUCAGAAGGUGAUCUCUUUAGCGACAAAUUGAAUGAGAGUAUACAGUCCAAGGAUAAACAUCCAAAUUCGAAGCGAAGGAGGAGGAAUUUUUUCUUUUUCUUUUCCCCAGUCUCAUCUGGAAUUAUGGGAUCCCUGGCGACCAUUUUUUCCAAGGCAACCUUCAUGGGAUUGGUGUCCGUCAUGCUAAACGAGCAAUUGACAUUACGUCAUUUUUUUCUCAAUUAUAAGGUAGCUCUCCUCAUUAUACUAACCAUCAUUUGCUCCAUUGCAGAAAUUAUAUACACGCCCUUUAUGCUAAAGUAUUACAAUCUCACGCAUGUAGUGUCGUUGAAAAGCUUCGGAAAUAUAUCCUUCAAUGCGGUUAACGGGAUGACCAUUUUCGACGAAAGACCCUCUUGCGCGUACGCCUGGACCUUUGGCUUCCUCCUAAUCCUCGUGGGAAUCAUAUUCCUUUCAUACAAAAAUGUCAUCCCAAACACGUUACGCAUCUUCAACCAGCAGUUUCGCAGGAAGACAUGA